GAAUGAAAUAAGGUAACUUGACUGAAACGUCAGAGCGCUGCCAUAGUUAGUUCGCUUCUGCCUCUUUGUUCGCGCAUCCCUUUUCUCUCUCGCGGUGUCGGUGCCAUGCGUCAAGCCAUUGGACUAAUAGACCAUCAGUCUUCCCAUCACGACUGCACCCUCUCUCCACCCUCCAAGCGCCACGCGCACACACGCACAAGCUUUUCUCACGCGCCGCCACAAACGCUCGCAGCUCUAGCGAAGGAGCAGCGGUGAGAUGUUGGUUCCGCCGCGACCCGCCGGCUCUUCCUUCCUUUCGGGCUACUCCUCGGAGCGGAGCGCAGGGAGGGAAGCCUCUGCUAUGCGCUCAGCCGAGGAGCUGAAAUAAAAGAAGGGGGAAUUCGGUCGGGGCUGGAUAUCUGUUUAUUUUUCCCCUUGCGAGGAUGACGGAGUGCUGACAAAGAAAACCGGGGGAGCCCUGCUGGCUUCGGUUUACACCCGCGAACUUAAAAGGCACGCGCUUAAAGCUCAGCCAAAGAUUUUUCUUCAUAAACAUUUAUUUUUGGGGGAGGGGGAAAGGGAACCAUGCCUGUUCGGAGAGGUCAUGUCGCGCCACAAAACACAUUUCUAGGAGUGAUUAUUCGGAAAUUCGAAGGACAAAAUAAGAAAUUCAUCAUCGCCAAUGCCCGCGUGCAGAACUGCGCCAUCAUCUACUGCAACGACGGCUUCUGCGAGAUGACGGGCUUCUCCCGGCCGGAUGUCAUGCAGAGGCCGUGCACGUGCGACUUCCUGCACGGCCAGUUCACCAGCCGGCACGCCGUGGCCCAGGUGGCCCAGGCUCUUCUGGGCUCCGAGGAGCGCAAGGUGGAGAUCACCUACCACCGCAAGGACGGUUCCAAGUUCCCCUGCACCACCCACAUCAUCCCGGUAAAGAACGAGGAGGGCGUGGUCAUGAUGUUCAUCCUAAACUUUGAUUACAUCCUGGACGACGUCAGCUGCGACUCACUGGAGAGACUUAACCACACGUCUCCCUCCAAAGCUGACCAGCGUAGAGGGAGGUUCUUCCGCUUCCGUUUCCCAGCCUUACCGCUCCUGGGCAUCAGCAAGCAGUCCCUUCCCCAAGAGGACCCAGACGCGGUGAUGGUGGACUCUCCUCGACACAGCGAUGGCUCGGUGGUGACACGCGACUACCAACUCCCCACCACUCGCGAGAGCUGCAGUCCAUCCUAUGCCAACGACACCCGCGCUCUCAUCGGCCCCAGCCAUUGUUCAACCCCGGUAUCGGGCCCCUUAGACCACUCAUCCCCCAAGGGCCCCUGGGAUCGGAUGUACAAGGGCCAGGUCGUUGCCCAGACCCAACACCAGAGCCAAGAGGACACACUUACUGCAGCGCCGUCAAUCCCGGGCCUCACUCCAACUGCCUCUAGAGAGACCGUGUGCAGUAUUCGCAGAGCCUCUUCUGUACAUGACAUUGAAGGCUUCAGUUCCAAGUACAAAACUACAUUCAGGGACAGGCAUGCCAGUGAAGACAAUGGUCGCAAUAUCAAAGUAUCGCGCUCCUGGAUGGCUGGGGGGCCACUCAGCCACAUCAAGUCCAGCCUGCUGGGCUCCACCUCCGACUCCAACCUCAAUAGGUACAGCACCAUUAACAAGAUCCCCCUCAUCACCCUCAACUUCUCUGAAGCCAACAAUGAAAAGAAGUGUCCCUCCCCUCCUUCUUCUGAGAAGACCAUCAUUGCCCCAAAAGUCAAAGACCGCACGCAUAAUGUCACAGACAAAGUUACACAGGUUCUGUCUCUGGGUGCAGAUGUGCUGCCUGAGUAUAAGCUCCAGACUCCACGCAUAGACAAAUGGACCAUCCUCCAUUACAGCCCCUUCAAAGCAGUGUGGGACUGGCUCAUCCUGCUGCUGGUCAUCUACACCGCCAUUUUCACCCCCUACUCUGCUGCCUUUCUCCUCAAUGACCUGGAGGAGCAGAAACGACGGGUGUGCGGCUACUCCUGUUCUCCGCUGAACGUGGUCGAUCUCAUAGUGGACAUUAUGUUCAUCGUGGACAUUCUAAUAAACUUCAGAACCACUUAUGUCAACGCCAACGAGGAAGUGGUGAGCCAUCCGGCCAAGAUCGCCAUCCAUUACUUUAAAGGCUGGUUCCUCAUAGACAUGGUAGCGGCCAUCCCAUUCGACCUGCUCAUCUUUGGCUCAGGAUCGGAUGAGACCACCACUCUGAUCGGCCUGCUAAAGACGGCCCGUUUGCUACGCCUGGUGCGAGUUGCUCGUAAGCUGGACCGCUACUCAGAGUACGGUGCCGCUGUUCUUAUGCUGCUCAUGUGUAUAUUUGCCCUAAUCGCCCACUGGUUGGCCUGCAUCUGGUAUGCAAUUGGCAACGUGGAAAAGCCUUACCUGGAGCAUAAGAUCGGCUGGCUGGACAAUCUUGGCGUGUCAAUAGGAAAGAAAUAUAACUACAGUGACCCCAGCUCAGGCCCUUCCAUCAAAGAUAAGUACGUCACAGCUCUUUACUUCACCUUCAGUAGUUUGACCAGUGUGGGCUUUGGGAACGUCUCCCCCAAUACCAACUCUGAGAAGAUCUUUUCCAUCUGUGUCAUGCUCAUUGGAUCUCUAAUGUAUGCCAGCAUCUUUGGGAAUGUGUCUGCCAUCAUCCAGAGGUUGUACUCUGGCACGGCCCGGUAUCACCUCCAAAUGCUACGAGUCAAAGAGUUCAUCCGCUUCCAUCAGAUCCCCAACCCGCUCAGACAGAGGCUGGAGGAGUAUUUCCAACACGCGUGGACAUACACCAAUGGCAUCGACAUGAAUAUGGUGCUGAAGGGCUUCCCAGAGUGUCUGCAGGCGGAUAUUUGCCUCCACCUGAACAAGAGCCUCCUCCAGGGGUGCAAGGCGUUCCGCGGGGCCACCAAGGGCUGCCUCCGCGCCCUGGCCAUGAGGUUUAAGACCACCCACGCGCCUCCCGGAGACACGCUGGUCCACAGUGGAGACGUGCUCACGGCGCUCUACUUUGUGUCACGCGGCUCCAUCGAGAUCCUGAAAGAUGACAUUGUGGUGGCCAUUCUAGGUAAAAACGACAUCUUCGGCGAGAUGAUCCACCUGUUCUCCAAGCCAGGGAAGUCGUGCGCGGACGUCCGCGCGCUCAGCUACUGCGACCUGCACACGAUCCAGAGGGAGGAGAUCCUGGAGGUGCUCGACAUGUACCCGGAGUUCGCCGACCACUUCUUCACCAACCUGGAGCUGACCUUUGAUCUUCGGGGUGAAAACGCAAAGACCACCUACCCCGGUGACUCUGACAUGGCUGACGUGAAGAGCCACAGACGGGUUUCAUACAAGAGAAAAUCCUCCGCAGGCUCGCACAACGAGGAGCCGGCGGCCCCGCACUGCGACGCCAAGAAGGGCCGCGGCGUCUACGCCUCUUCACCGGCCGAGGACAGGAGAGAGUCCGCAGAGGAGGGGGAGGAAGACGAGGAUGAGGAUGAGGAGGAAGGCAGGGAAGAGGAGGAGGAGCAGAGGCCCUUGUGUUCUGGUGUGCUUGGUUACCCGGUUGUCAGGGACCACACCUUGGGUGUCGGCCUGAGCGGGGCUCCUGAGGCGCAGGCUGAAGGAAACACACAGAACCAGGAAUAUAAAGAGCUCCAGGCAGAGGACUGGGUGCAGCCUCAUCCCGGCGCGGCGGCUGAGGAGUCGACUCAAAAUCGAGACACAGCCGGGGAGGACGACAGCGACACGGACCUCACCUACGGAGAGGUGGAGCAACGGCUGGACCUGCUGCAGCAGCACCUGAACAGACUGGAGUCCCAGAUGACUGCAGACAUCCAGGCCAUCCUGCAGCUCCUCCAAAGGCAGACCGCUGCCGGCCCCCCCGCCUACAGCACCGUCACCUCCAGCCCAGAGUACCACAGCCCGCCCAUCAGGGUCCAGCCGGCACCGGCCCUCAGCCUGGACCCGGCGCCGCCUCUGCCACAGGGCCCCGACUCAGAGAGCUCUGCUAUGAAAUCCAAAGACCCCUCUCCAGUUGUCCACACACAGACUUUUCCAGCAGGGCUGCUGGACAGCGCCCCCUAUCCACAGCAGAGACACACGACUAGCGGCAGCAGCGGUCCGGCCACGCCGGUGCGGCAGGCUUCCCUCCCCGACGUCCCCGGCAGCUCAGGAACGUUGGGACUCCACAGGCCCGUGUCUGACCCGGGCCUUCCAGGACAGUAGCCCCACACACAACACUUCAAGACUAAAGGUCUUCUCUUAAGCUUGACUCAGGGUCUAAGAAAGAGACUGAAUUAUGCAAAGGAUUAAAAACUGUAGAUUUUCUUCCAUUCCUUUUGAGACCAUCUCUGAAGCCCAGCCCUCCCCAGCUCUGAUCUAGAUGUACAAAAUCCAUUUAUACUGAGGUAUUUAUACUCUAUAUUAUUAAACAUAUGUAAAGUCAUUAGCUAUCCUGUACAUAGUUCAAAUAGACCACUGCCAGCAACAUAAAGCACCUAAUGUGCUACUUCUAGAUAUGCAUGAUCUACGUUCUCACGUUUUCCGUUCUGUUGCAUGUUCCUCACACAGGCACUCCUGAGGCGUUCAGGUGUGAUCGGCAUGCUCAGAAUACCGUAGCUAGUUUUCUACAUCUAUACCCUCUACAUAGGGAACAAAGCUACUUGAAACUCGCUGAGGCAUUACCGCAAAAUAAUACAGGCCCUACUUUACUAGAGCUUAGAGGUUAUGUUAUUAGCGCUUAUACUUUCUAGAACUUAUCAACUAACCUCAAAGUUCAGAAAAAAUAUGGCAUGUAUUAUGUGACGCUGCCCUGUAUUGUAGAUUUUACGUCACUGCUUUAAAGUUGGAACCUUUUUUCCCCAUGAGAUCUGUGUAUAUUUAGCGUGCCUACCGCCCACCACAACCGGAAGAACAAGACCCUGCCUUUUGAGAGCAAUAAUGACGGGCCAGUGCAGGCAACACUAGUGGACCGAACAGAGAAAAAAAUACUUUUAACAAUAGGGAGCGUUUCUGAUACAUUAAUUUGCUUAGUCAUUCACAUGUCAUGUAGGACAAAUGAGUUAAAAUCGACAACAUCCAAUUUAGUGAGAACUACAGUUAAAUUGGUUGUUCAACAGGUACCCUGUUCCUUUAAGUGUCAUAGUAACACUUAAAGGAAAAGGAUGCGACAGUAAUAGCUAGAGGCCAAGGCACUCUGAUACCUUUCAAUCUAUUUUCUUUUCUGUCGUUGAGAGCAGGAAGGUACCUGGUCCUGCUGGGGACGGUGCAUGCUUCAGGUCUUCCAUUGUUUUCUGAGAAACUACAACUUCCUGAAAGAAAGCAUAAUCAGAAAAACUAGAGAUAAAAAAAGUUUGGCCUUAGCUUUAUUCACUUGCUCUAGCCUUCAUAAACAGUAGGGUUAACCGAUUGAUACGUAACCAUCAUUUUACCUUGAUGUGCAUGCUGAAGUGGAUUUGUUUCCUGUUCUAGAACAGCAUCAACACCAAUAACGGCUCACGUAUCUCAGAGACGACAGUGUUGGAUUCUGGGUCUCUAUUAAACAUUCAGCACAACAUCUGUAGAACCCACCAAGAACUAUUUUCCUAAACUGUACCCAUUUCAUUGGUUGUUUGUGUUUUAUGGUUUCUGAGCCUGCAAUACAUCACCUCUUAAUGUAGCAAGGCAGAAAGAUGUUUGUCCUAUACAGCGGUGUGAAGAUGUUUUACAUCUCGUUUCUAUUUUUGGAUGUUUAAUUUUGUAUCAAACUCAUUUUAUUUUCAGACAUAUAGAAAGAGUAAAUACAAAAUGCAGUCCUCAAAUUUCAUUUGACAAAGUUAAAAAAACCAUAAUUUUCCUCAAAUGGCCAUGUUGCUUUGGUCCUUUUAUUCUUGUAAUGAAAACUGCCUUUUGUAUUAACUCAUGUUAUAUUUUCCAUUAAAAUUAGUUUGAUCUGAAAGUAACAAACAUGCAAAAAUAGAAAGCUGCAAGGAGACCAACACUGUAGUCUUUCUGUUUCUCCAUCCACUUCUUCUGCAUGCAGAAUCAGGCGAGUUCUUACCGAUCCCUCAAAUCAUACCAGCAGAAUAUCUAAGAUUACAAACAGACCUAAAGAGAAAUUGUUCAAGUAUUUCCAGCACAGUGCCGCCUCCUUUCUUUGAUCAUCCAUCUUGAGACGCAGAAUAAAAGUUGCCGGCUUGUCUGCUGAACUUUUGAUGGGAUUUGCAAACUUUUGCACAGAGAUAAGCAACCUUGCUGUACUGGAUCUAAAUGUCACUUUUUAAAUCUAGUGCUGUUCACAAUUGUUUUUAUGCAUUUUUUUAAACGUUUGCCACUGUAUUUUAUACAAUACGACACUUAACAGCUACUCUGAAUGUUUCUGUUCUUAACUAUAUUUAAAGAAAUGAAGUAUAUUAUGUAAAUAGACUGGGAAAUGAUGCACAAUUGUAUAAAUGAAUAAAGAAAAAUUAAUGAUUGUAAUGAGUUUAUUUUAACAAAAAUAUGAAUUUGUUACAGAAGUGGGAGUGUUUGGCUUGGAGUGCGGGAUUUCAGACACUACCAAUAAUCACUGGUAAACAUGAAUAGCAAAUAUCUAAUGAGAUCUUUUGUAAUACACAUUGCUGAAAAUGGUCAUUUUAAAUUAAAACACCACUUUAGGACAAUUUCUUCUAUAAUCACGAUUCACAACAUGCACAGUUAACUA